CAGAAGACACUCCGGCUCUGGACUCCGGAUCCGGUCCGGAUUCUGUGGGAAGGAUGAAAUCGGCGGUGCCAUCUUGAUGGGAAUCAGACAAAGAGAGCAGCAGCAGCAGCUUAUGAAGAAUGCGCCGGGCUGGUUCUUGGUGCAGCCGUGCCCGCCUGGAGGCAGACGCGCACCGGUCCUCGGAGACUCCGUGCGCGGAUGCGCAAAGAUGUGAUCGUACAGAAGCGAAAGCGGCGCUGUGAUUGGUCUUUUUCGAAAACGAACCGAGUGGCUUUCACUCCACCCAGUGCAUCGGUGAGGUGGCGUCAAACUUGGAGGCGACGCGUUUUCCGGUGGGUUUCUUUUUCUUUCUUUCUUUCUUUUUUUGGCGGGGGGGUUUUGAUGCGCAGAGGAGUGUCGGCCGUCACGAGAGACAAGCGAGCUGUCCGUGGUGCUGAAACUGACACUUGGCUGAUCGGCUGCGUGAGGAGAGGAAUCCGCCUGAGCUUCAUGGUGUUUGUGAGCUUCAAACAGACGCGAACAUACUAUAUUUGUGUCUCACUGUGCUGCAUCAUGCUGUGGACAGAGUGGAGGAUGGUGGUGGACUCCCUCCGUGGACGGCGAAGGAUGUUGCCUUGUUUCUUCUGGUUCCUCCUGCUGUUUGCUACUGGAGGUCUGGUUCUUUUCAUCCACCUACAGGACCUCUCUGAGAUGGUCCAGCACCAAGGUCCAGGUGUGAAGCUAGGAGGUGCUCUACUUCAGUCCAGAGAGACUCUUUGUACUCAGGACAUACGAGAAGCCAAAUCUGACAAUUAUCAGGACCACCGAGCAGCUGAAAGCAUCCUGUCCAGUCCCAUCCCUCCGAUGCAGUUCCCAGAGUUUGAGAGAACAAAACAAUCUGCAACUUCUGGAUCUACAGAGCAAGACAUCAUGUCCCUACGUGUGACCAAAAGACAUCGGAAACUGUUGAAAACAAGUCUGCUGAUCCUUCACACUAAUAACACCUCCUCGCCCUCUUCCGCCUCUUUGUCCUCAGAUCCCUCAUCCUCCUCUGCUCCAGGUUACUUCCCCGCUGAGACCUGGAAAAAGCUUUCCAAUAUCGUGGAAGCACGCCGACAACUAAUGAAGGAAAUGUGUGCCAAAUACAAAAGCAGCAUCUCCAAGACCAUCACACGCCAUCAUGUGGCCCACAUCUAUGUGGAAGACAAGUACAGGUUGUUGUACUGCCAGGUGCCCAAGGCAGGCUGUUCCAACUGGAAGAGGACCCUCAUGGUGCUGGCAGGACAGGCCUCCAAUGCCCAAAAUAUUAAACAUGACACAGUUCACUAUGGAAAUCACCUCAAGAGACUGGACAGCUUUGACCGACAUGGAAUAAUGUGGCGUCUGGAAACCUACACAAAACUCAUCUUUGCCCGAGAGCCUUUGGAGAGGCUGGUAUCCGCCUACAGGGACAAAUUUGAGAAUCCCAACAAUUACUACCACUCUUUGUUUGGCAAACCCAUCAUCUCCAAAUACAGAGCAAACGCUUCCUCGGCAGCACUGAGCACAGGCAAUGGUGUCACAUUCCAGGAGUUUGUCCAGUACUUGCUGGAUGUCCACCGGCCCGUGGGAAUGGACAUCCACUGGGAGCCAGCAAACCAGCUCUGCAACCCUUGUCUGUUGGACUACGAUUUCAUUGGCAAGUUUGAGAACAUGGAGGAAGAGUCCAACUUCUUCCUGCGACGGGCUGGCGCACCACGAAACCUCACACUCCCCAGUUUUAAAGAUAGGAACCCUUCGGCUGAGAGGACCUCCAUGCAGAUCACACAAAAAUACUUUUCUCAGAUAAGUGCGUGGGAGAGACAGCGGAUCUAUGACUUUUACUACAUGGAUUAUUUGAUGUUUAACUACUCCAAGCCUUUUAAAGAUUUAUAUUGACUCAUAUAAAGAUUCUUCUGCAUUGACAGUAACAUUCCACUUACAUCAUUACCACAAUCUAACCAACAAACUCCCAAAUAUGAAAUGUCCAUCUUAACAGACCCAUUUGUUCGCUUAUGUUACGUGUUGACACGCUGAUAUAUACAGACCUGUUGGUGCAACAACACGAAAUUUAUCUGUUUAUUUCAAACACAUUCCAACAAAAUUAUCUCAAUUUUCAAAUUAAUACUUUGAGCAAAAGCUGAGGAAAAUAUUAAAAUACAAAUGUGCUUCAAAAUAAACAGUUAUUGAAAAGGACUUUAAAAUUCUGCCUAACGUGGAUCAAACAGUAUUUGCAAUUGCAUUCAUGGUUUGGGAUUUUUAUAUUUGUUCCAGUUAUGCUCACAUUCAUGCAAAGUUCCAAUAUCUGGCUACCUUCCACAUUUUGGAUGAUAUAACAGAAAUCUACCUUGAACAAAAUGAUGCUACAGUACAAUGGAUCAUCUUCACCUUGUCCUUUCAUACAGCACUUUCUAAACCAUCUGCUUGUCAAAUGUUUGACUUCCUCUUAGGCAUAUACCUCUAUGUAUCACUUCACACUAAUGCAGACACUUUAUGUACAUUUUUUUUAAAUGAUGUAUAAUCAUAAUGCAACACAAUGAAACUAUGUCCAGUGUUGCCCACUUUGACACUGUAUUGCACUUAUUGUAGCAUUCUUGUACCUCCAAAUCUGUCACUUUGUGCUUUUGUCUGACAUAUACUGUCCUUCACUGCCGGAGG